AUGGUCUCCCCCGACAAGCAGGGGCCACCGGAUGAGCCGCCGCCCGGACCGCCACGGCCGUCCCUGCGGUCGCCCCGACCACCAGCGCGAUCGCCACGGCCGUCCUCGAAAGUCCUGCGACCGUCUUCGAAGGCGCUCACAGACCCGCCGGGCACGCCGAUCAGCUCGAGCAACCAGCCUCUCCACACGCCGUCCAGUCGUUCGCGAUCUAAACGCCGGCGCGUUCCGACACAGCCCGUGCGCUUGAGCUCGGCCUUGGCUCGCGCGGUGGCAGCCUCGCCGGAUUGCCAGGCACCGAAUGUGCUGGCCGAGGUCCUUUGGCACGCGGAAACCCAAGUGGGGAUACGUGGUGUGGGCCCCGGGCCAAGCAUCGAGGCGGUGCUCUUCGAAGAGCAGCCCCCCCCGGGGGGCCCUCACCCGCGGCCCGAUCCCAAGGCCGCCGAGGAGGUCUCAUUUCGGGCCUCCUCGCGUUCGCCCUCUCCAGCCAUGCCGCCCCUGCGGAAUCCCCCACGGCCACUUUUCUGUGCGGAUCUUGUGUGGCUAUUCCCGGAAUCGACCUCCAACAUGCAGCCCUCGGCCGGGUCGGACCCAUUGCGUGCCUUCCGCAAAACGAUCACCGGCGACUCGUGUCUGGUCCAUGUCCAGGGGAUGAUGAUGCCGAUUGGCUGCGAUUGGGAUGACCGAUACCCGGCGGUGGUGCAUCUCUUCCAGCCUCCCGCCUUUCAAGCUGGCUCGGCGAAGGACGACCAGGGGACGAUGUCCCGGCAUGUGCGCUUCCGCGUGGACGAUGGCACGGCCUCGAUCAUCUGCGUGGCCAGUGUCCCGGUCCUGACGCUGGAUAGUGACAGGGUCAAGGCCAUGAGUGUGUUUGAUGACCUCCUGGCCCAGGCGUUGGUUCGCCCUUGGCGCUCGGUAUCGGUCAUUGGCCUGGCCCGGUGGUCUAUCGCCUUGCGGCAGUGCGUCAUUUAUGUCAUGGGCUUCGGUACGUGA